CUCUCUUGCAGUAAGAAUUCCUCCAUACCUGUCUGAACAGGGAGAGUCGGAACGCUGUAGGGUAGAGGAAAGAAAGAAUUAAACAAAGAAGCAGGGCUGGGAAAAACAAAAGAAAGAAGAGGGAUAGUAGGAGAAACAGAUUUAAAGAGAGCAAACAGGAAAAGAGAGACCAGUUUAUUGAGGUCUUGAGCCUUCACAUUCGCUUUUCCUAUUCCCCACUGGGCUGUUUUGUUUUUUUCACUUUCUGAGACCCGUGGCUAUUUUAGUCUGUCAGUGUUGAAGUGGUUUUAGGAUGGAUGCCAUCAUGCUGCAAGAAAAACUGGUGGAACGGCUUCUCUGCCCACGAGUGAGAACGGCCAGACAGAAGGAGAAACAGUAUGUGGGCUUUGCAACUCUGCCCAACCAGGUCCACAGGAAGUCUGUGAAGAAGGGCUUUGAUUUCACGCUGAUGGUUGCAGGGGAGUCUGGCAUGGGAAAAUCCACUCUGGUUAACAGCUUGUUCCUCACAGACCUCUACAAAGACAGGAAGUUACUAAAUGCUGAGGAGCGCAUAAAUCAAACUGUGGAGAUAAUCAAGCACACUGUAGACAUCGAGGAGAAAGGAGUGAAGCUUAAACUGACCAUCGUGGACACGCCCGGGUUUGGAGACGCUGUCAACAACAACGAAUGCUGGAAGCCAAUCACAGAUUACAUCGAUCAGCAGUUUGAGCAGUACUUCAGGGACGAGAGUGGGCUGAACAGAAAGAACAUCCAGGACAACAGAGUUCACUGCUGCCUCUACUUUAUACCUCCCUUUGGCCAUGGGCUGCGUCCGGUGGAUGUCGAGUUCAUGAAGGCUCUGCAUGAAAAAGUGAACAUAAUUCCUCUCAUCGCGAAAGCUGACUGCCUCACGCCCAAUGAGAUAAAAAAGCUUAAAGACAGAAUACGAGAUGAAAUAGACAAAUUUGGGAUCAAGGUGUACCAGUUCCCUGAAUGUGACUCUGAUGAGGAUGAGGAGUUUAAACAACUUGACAAAGAGCUGAAGGAGUGCACCCCGUUUGCUGUGAUUGGCAGUAAUACAGUGGUGGAGGCUCGAGGACAGAGAGUGAGAGGAAGACUGUAUCCCUGGGGGAUUGUUGAAGUGGAAAACCAGUCGCACUGUGACUUUGUGAAACUAAGGAACAUGCUGAUCCGUUCACACAUGCACGACCUCAAAGACGUAACCUGUGACGUUCACUACGAAAACUAUAGAGCGCAGUGCAUACAGGAGAUGACCAGUAAACUGGCUCAGGACAACCGUAUGGAGAGCCCCAUCCCCAUCCUGCCACUUUCCACUCCAGAUGUGGAGACUGAGAAGCUGAUCAAAAUGAAAGAUGAAGAGCUGAAGAGGAUGCAGGAGAUGUUGAACAAGAUGCAGCAGCAGAUGCAUGACAAAGACCAGUGACAUCUACCUGAGCAGAGCUGUGCUGCCGCGCCACCUGCUGUUUUUCCCCCCAAACAGCAGGGAAACCUUCAGGCUUGAAUUUCAAGUGUUGGUGGCAACUCUGGCUCUACAUUUUUCUUCAGUUUGGUGUCUUGUUGUCUUUCUGCCUGCAGGGUCUUUUCCUUCUCUGACACUAUCUGUUUGCCCAUGUUGAGCCUCUCGCUGUGGUACUAACAUAAAUAAUAUAAAGGCCUAAUUUAAAUGAUUACUGUGUAUCUAAUUUAUAAUGCAUUGCUAAACCUUUUGGAUAUAAUAUUAGGGUGUGUGCUUCGAGAUAUUUUGUAAGGAAAUGUAAGUUGUUUGUGAUGAUUACAUUUUAACAUGGCUGUUUUUUAUUAUGUGGUUGUGUGUUUGAGUGUGUGAGUGUAUUUCAUGAGAUUUAUUUUGAAUACCAGCUAUCCGUCCAUUUAGCUCCUUUUCCCCUUUAUGAAGGUACCAUAGGAGUUUAGUUAAAAUACAACUUAAUUUUUCCUAAACAUUAAACUUUUUUCUCAUAUGGUCAAUCAAAACACCCUCUUCCAGCUUUAUUUUACUGUACCUGCCGAGCUGAAGAUGCACUUACAGUGAGCCUCUGAAUUAAAGGGUUUGUGCAGUAUAGGGUGCAUGUGCAAGCAUUACUCAUAUCUGCUGUGGCCCUAUAUUUGGUGCUUUAUAGCUGAGUCCUUGUGCUUGUAUUAAAUGCAACAUGGCGUGCAGUUUGCAUUAUCUGCCAUUGAAGUUGUUUAACCUACAUGUAUUAAGAUCGCUUGAGAGUGCGUUUGUUGGAGUGUGUGUGUAGACGCUGCUGAUGCUGAUGACCUGUACAUAUUUUGCCUGAAGGCUCUGAGCUCAGCCUGUGUCCCAUUUGAAAAUGUGUGAAAAUAAACUCCUGUUUCUUGUCA